AUGCAUGCUCAACGAGUAAUGAAUGAGGACAACACCGGGGGUGUUUCGCAACAUGACCCCAAGCGACCGUAUGCUUGUCCAGUGGAGGGUUGCGGGAAGAAAUUUGACCAAGGACACAAGCUGAACAAACAUGAGAAGAAGCAUACACUGCCUUACAGAUGUCAAAUCUGCCCAGAGGGCGCUGGUGAAUCGCCCAGGUUCAAGACGGCCUUCUCCGACAACAAGGACUUGAAACGACACAUACGUGUCCAUCAUCGAAACGAAGCCGACAGUCUCGGUGUGCCGGACGAGAGUGUGGAGUGUACUGUGUGCGGUGAGGUGUACACCCGGCAAGACAAUUACAGGCGCCACCUGGAGGAGGGACGUUGCAGAUCACGUUGA